AGUGUCCUGUAUCCUCUUCUAGAUGAAUUACUACACGGUCGUGUUAUUUCACGAAUGAGAAAUGACGACCCGCUAGAUUGCACAGCACCAUCUUAAAUCAAAGCAAAUAAACCUUCUAAACAUGAAUAAGAGCCACUUGGCUCUGUAGCGGGGAAUUUUUUUCAAGCAGCUUCAAUAUGGAUGACAAACUACAACUUUAUUUUCCGUGCAACUUUAUUUAACUGCUGAGAGUGAGACUGAAUAAAAAUGCGACUCUGUUGACGGGAUUGUAUUUGUUGCUUUCUUCACGAAUUACCACGCCGAGGACGAGACGGGGAUAUUACAUCCUGCAACCUUGUUGUUGAAACCACAUUUCCACCUCAGCCGCCAAGAUGUCGGGGCCCGAUGAGGUGGACUUCGAAGUCCUCAAUGACGACAUUGAGCUUUUACUCCAGACGCUGCAAGAGGAGUUGAAGGCAAAGCAGGAAACUGAUGACUUCCACCCGGAUUUCGGGGACUUGCUUGGCGCCUGGGGCAUGAGCAAGCACGGGGACCCGAACUCCGUGUCGAUUCUGUAUAACUGCCUGGAAUUCGCGAUAUGCGGCACGGAAGUGGAAAACUUCGAGCUGUACGAAACGUGCUUUGCCGCGUUGACCAAAAUCUCCAUGUUCCUGGGGCAGGAGCGGGUGCUGGAGCAUUUGGUGGCACUGUUGAUGAACAUCAACGAAAUCUACGAUGUGUUGCUCAACUGCGUCGAAACCUACGAAUGGGUGCAGCCUGGGGUGACCGGCUUGUUGAGGAUGUAUAUCGGAUAAUUUUGCAAUAGAAAAAAUCUUUUUCAGAACUACGUGCUUGUUCUAUCUUUAGGACGGAACUUGCGUUUGUCAUGCGCGAACAGAAGACAGAGAACCGCAACAACUCAUCGCAAUAAAAGUCCUUCCGAGCCCCCCGAUGAAAAUAAAUGGAACCGAAUUAUAAAUACUUCAAAACUGAAAUUCAGGUACAUGCUCCAGACGCUUUUUUCAGUAGUAGGGUACGAAACGGUGACCGGCAAGCAUUUAAUGGAACUCACGAAUAACGACAUAGCCGGUGCGGUGUCACUUGUGUGCUUCGUCAUCCGGUGCGGCGAGUGCACGUUUCAGCUGCAGUAUCCAUGACAGAAUUUGAAGUUUCGAGGUUAUGACAGGGAUAAAGUUGUUGAAGAUGUCAUCAUCAUCUGUAGACACGAUACCACGCAGUAGUACGUGGAUUGCAAAAAUACAGGGUUGCAUCCGCUGCAACAUUUCUCAAUACAGACGGGACCAUUUGAUGUUCCAAGGCGCAACUCGAGAAAAUUCUUGGUCUUGGAUACGCAGGAGGCAGCAGCACGAUGUCUGGUGGACUUGACGACAGCGGAUGCAGUGUAUAAUCAGGAGUUUUGUGAUGCAUGAUUGAGACGCAUGAUAUGAUUUGUCAUGCGCACCAUUCAUGAUCACUAACACUAGCAGUACAGCAAAAUAGAAAACAACGUAUCAGGUUUUUUCGCGAUGAGAAGAUGGAUGAGGAUUACAACAACCAAGACAUUUACGCUGGAAGAAAAAGACGAUUGGAUCCAACAGCGAGGACGUAGGGAGGAUUUGUGAUGCGUGUAUUCAUGAGCCACAGAAUGCGCGUCAGAACAAGAACAGCACAGCAACAGUUGAUAAAUCAGCAGCAUCGUAUUCGUGGUGCUGGCAAUAGCUACUACAACUCUAUUGUCGCAUCUGCAUCACAAAAUCACAAAUCCUGUCCACCGAGUGUAAAUUUGCUGUCCAAUCUUUUUCCCUUCCCAUAUCCCCGCGAAACUCACCGCCCUGCUGAACAAGCACGUGAACGGACUUAUCAUGUCUAUCAUUGAGUUCGAACUGGUAGACGCCUUUGGGCGCUGCAUUUGCCAGCACCAGCAGUCGCAUCUGCGAACGGAUAUCAUCAUCCGGUUCUUUCUCACCGCGCUGCACAACUUAUGAUAGUGCACAACUCCCCCUUGAUCUCAUUUCUCAUGCAGAAUACCAACUCUACGCUUUCCCUCCUGUCACGAGUAUGCAUGACAAGUUCUGGUAACCCAAAUAGCACUACGCUCCAGUGCAAAUUUGUCAUGUAAAACCGGUACUCUUGCUGAUGCUUGUAUUCGCCGCUCAUGCUAUACAAAUCUGGCGGAGCAAAGGGAGUUGUGCACUGUCAUACAACUGCCUGCUGUACUGCAGCGAAAACCAGAAGAAAUUAAGGAUGCACCUGGCGUAUCCUGUGCAAAAGUAUCGCACUCGUAUUGCAGUCAUGCAUUACAAAGCUUUUUCUUAGGGUAAAUCAGCAUUACAGAUUUUAUUUCUCAUGCUGAGAAAAUUUGCAAUGCAUUUAUACAAGUGCGAUACUUUUGCAAUUCAUAUGGCGACGCAAUCAACGAUAAUCCAAGACAUCAUGUUCCCCUACGUUGACAACAUCUUGCCGGCACUGUAUUCUGAUUUUCACUUCAAUGGUGGUUGCUAGAGUUCGCAUGGGAAUCGUGUACUAAAGAUCUUUGUUUCUUUUCAUUUUUUCUGCUUAACAUGCACAAAAAACCCAUUAUGACUUAAGUAUCAACAUUUCAGGUACGAAAACACGAAAUUUACUCUCGACGGGAUUGAGUACCAAAACCUGAAGGCGACACUGCAGACCUUCGUUGUCAUCACGUUCAACAUCAACGUUUUCCGUGCGCACUUCCAGUAUGACCUGCUCAACCGUUACAAUCUCAUCAAGCGUUACAAUACAGUCUGGGUUUUGUGUUGCAGGAUGAGCAUGACAGAUACGCGCAGCGUUUCACUUUCUGCAAUACAAAUGUCGCCAGAUUCUAGUGCGGAUUGGGACUCCAGAACUUGUCAUGCGCAAUCCUGUGGGAGUAGGGUUCUUGCUUCACAGAUUUUCAUAUUCUAGGGUAACCGAUUUGAGGAUGAGGUUGUAGCAGCUGAGCAAGUUAUAUCCAGGACACGGACUUUUUGCUGCGCAUCUUGGAGGCGCCACUAGUCCCCUCCAGCCUGACCCAUAUGGAACUGAUUUUCAAGAUUCUGGUCAACGCCGAUAUUAGCAAAGCAAGGUUUAAGGACGAGAUUCUUCAAGUCGUCGAGCAGGCGUAUGCGCAGCUGCCGCCCGAAAGGCAGCAGCGGUUGCAGCGCAGGGUGGUGGAGUCUUCGGGACAUAGUCUGCCCCUGUCGCGGGCGAAUGUGAAGGCCAUGCAGAUGAUGCCCUUCUUGUUCGGCGAAAUUUCGGACGACGUCGGGGCGAAUGGGAUGGGAGGUAAGUAAUCAAAGGAUUUUUUUGUCAAGUAAAAAUGUCAUUCAAGUGGGUAAAAAGCUGUUUGUGUGCUGGUACUUAACAACUUCUGUAGCCGAACCUCGUGCUUCCGCUUUGCAGUAGUUUCCUCCGAAUCUACUUCUUCGUAGUAUUUAGCAAAGCAAUUCUGGCUACCCGAUCCUCCAUUUGUAAGAAAAUGAAAGCACGUGGGUAGGAACACUGUUUGGAACGGCGUUACAACCCAUCGCUCCGGCGGCAGCCCGGCAUAUCCUACGGGAUGCUCACACGCUGUUCGCAGUGCACAACCGCGGGGUCCUGCGGGUGGCUGUGCGAGCAGUUCUGUUGCAGGCUGCGACGACCACAGCUGUGCUGCUGGAGAGGCGGCCCGCGUCUUUUUUCUGAAUAGCAGGCGCGGAUCUGUAAUGCGAUGUCUGCAGCACAAGUCGUGCCUUUCAUGCAGAUUGAUACUUGACGUUGUCGUUGACACAACUGCACAUCAAAAACUCAGUUACGGGUGACGACGAGGAGGGCAGAGGGCGCAGCAAAUGGAGAAGAAAGAGUAUGGGAUGGGAAAACAAUGUAAAUGGUUUCACAUUAUUAAAGCCACAGCAGCUCAAGAUGUGCGUGAGCGACUAGGAUGUUUUUGGAACCUCCGGGUGACAGAGAAUAAACAAAACUUAGCGCGCCCUUCUUGCGGAAAGGUAGGCAUGAGGCAUGAUGAUUCUUGCUGGUGGGCUUUAAGUACGAAAAAACUAUUGGUUUCCUUUCCAUAACCAAGAAUCGAACACGAAAACGAAAUGGAAAAUACGGCCUGCAGUGGGUCCGAAAGAAGGAGAAAGGUAAAAAAGCGAGUUGUUUGUCAUGCAUAUUAUCGUCCUCGCUGUCGCUAUGUAUUGUGAAGCUUGUGAAGCAGCUAAGUACACCGAUACUACGAUAGCACAGGGGAGAGGAGAAAUAACUGUUUCGCAAAUUCUCAAAACAGAUAGCAUGUUCGACAGCGAAGAAGAGUCAGACACAGAGGAAAUGGAUAUCGAAUUUGCAAAAUCACCAUCACAUCGACAACCCACAAUCUGUCAUGCGCACUCGCUUCAUGUUGCAGUAUGUGGCCGUGUAGACAUUGAAACUUGGACCUGCCUGACUUCACCAAUUCUCAUAAUAUGACAAAAAUGACUGAGGGUGAAGGUGAUGGAUGAAGUGGUUUUUCAAACAAUAUUGGAGGAUGGCAGUGGGCAAGGGCAAAAUCCCGAGGACCAGCAGUACCAGCAGGAACCCGGUACGGAGUUACAGCAAAACGCGGACAACGACGCCUUGUGCCAGUUGUCGGGCGCGUUUAUGACGGACCCAGUAAAGACCCCCUACGGCCACGUCUUCGACCGGCAAGCGCUCGCGGAUUGGCUACAGUUUAGUGCGACAGACCCAAUCUGCGGGCAGCCACUCAUAAUGGACGACUGCGUAUUUAUUUGUACUAUAGUGAUUUUUGGAUGAUGAAAUGCAAAAAAUACACUCGCUGCAACCUAUUUCAUUUUUUGCAUGAGACUCUCAUAGUAAGUACUUACUCGUGAAGAAGACAGCGGAGGAAGUGAAGUCUGGUAUCUAAAAACAAAGGUGCCCUACACCGAGCUCCAAGCGAAAAUUUUUGAAGAGCAGCUGGCCUCCCUGUCUGGGCAAGUUUUGAAUACGCAGUACGACCCCGCAGCAGUGGCACAGGAAAGGGAAAACCUGUAUACAACGUCACUUUUGAUUCUUUGCAGGAGAGUAUUUAGCUAUCGUUUUUUCACUUUCACCCCCCAGAGGUGAAUGAAGUGAACGCACGAAGUACCGUACGAACACACAGCACCGCCCCCGCAUGUUGAAAAAGAAUAAAACCCAAAUUCUUUUAUCUACCACCCCUCCACCAGGGAUCUCAUGGAGCAGCAGCAAGCCGCGGAGCAGGCGGCACAGCUUAUCAAACGCAAAAAUGUCCGGGUCUGGAACUUUGCUCGACUUGUCAUGCAGGUUUUCCAUGACCCAUAUGAUCUGUAAUGGAGGACCUAGCAUGACAGAUUCCGUGAGAUCACUAUCAUGCCUAUCCUGCGUGAAAAAACUGCCUCUCAACUUGAUCAAAAGUAGGCAGCAUUUGGUAAUCAUGCAACACAGAGUUUUGCGUGAUUCAGAUUCAGCAUGACAAGUUCCAACCUUCCGGACCCAGACAUUUUUGCAAUUCAUACAGCUCGCCGAGCAGCAAGCGCAGCAGCAGGCCGUCCCGGCAACAAGCCAAUACGACCAGACAAACUUGGGCGACCUUCCUGCCCUGGACACCAAUCAGGAAAACAAAAAGGAUAUCAACUGCAAAUAUGCCGUCUGGUUCUGGAAAGGUUGAACCUGUAUUGCGUGUGUCGCAUAUUUAAAAAAUCUGUAUUGCGUACAGUACACAGCAAAUUAUAUGUAAAGCGCUACAGUUUCGCUUUCGUCUUGCAAAAGCGCAGUUUGUAAUGCGUUCUGCGCUUGAGAAAGCGUUUGAAAAUUUGGUCAUGCUGUACUGCGCUUAAAGGCACAGUCAAUCCUGACUAUUCAGCAUUACAAGUAGUUUCCAGACCUCCCGAACAUAUUUGCAUUUCAUAAGCGAGAAGAAGGAAAAGGGCAAGAUCAAGAUCGCCUCGCGAUCACUCAUCGACGCAUAUUGAAUGGAAAAAUCCCCCCUGCCCAUAUCAAAACGAAGUUUCUGAUGCUGGAUGUGUGUACACAAAUCCGAGCUGUCAUGCUGGAGAGCACUGCAGGCCCAUAUUAAGUGUGAAUAGAGAGGCUUUGGCCUAGGCACUUAGCAUGAAAAAAAAUCGCGCUGUAGGCCCAAGAGCAUGACAAACCGCCUGCACAAUGCGGCGGAGCCUGCGGAGUUGGCUUCUUGCAAGACAGAUACGAUUUGUGACUACAAAUCAGCAUCACAAAUCUCCAAACAUAUACCUUUUCAGUAUGGGGAGGGGGGUUUUUUCCUUUGGAUAACGCACCACCGGAGUUCCGUUGCGAGAUCGACGGCAAGGUCAUGAUAUCCUGUGCAAAAGUAUCGUACUCGUAGUAAUUGCAACGAGACUCGAAUAGCUUCGCCCGCUCGGUUUGACAUCGCAAACUUGCGCUAGAAAGAGCAAUUUUCACAGAGUUCACAGUCUGGGGCGGGGAAGCAGCGCACGGGGCAGCGCGACGUAACUUGGCAUAAACUGCAAACAGCAUCUGAUCUGGAAGCGAUUGACACCGCGACCCGAGCGCACGACGCGCGGGGCGGUAAAUCAUGCCUGGCAGGGGACACACCUCGGGCAGAUUCCGCGUGAACAUGCAUGCGCGCCGCCACCUGCCCCCGCUAGGGGGACGGCGCAUACUUGCAGCAGGCCGAGCCCUCUUUUGAAAGAAGAUAGAAGUCGAACGCCUUAGCCCCAUGCCCGAUCGCUCUAGGUACUUAGCAGGCGCUUGGAUCUCCGCCGUAGGCUUGGAGUAUUGACUUGAUUACGUUCUUAAAUUGGCUGCGCUAGUGGCCCGCACUUGAAUCGUCGCGCCGUGGAUCGUUUUAGACCGUAGAGUGCCGGAGAGCGGAAAACAGCCGCGGUAGGCGCGUAGGCCGCUCAUGUUGAAAGUCUUGUCUUAUAUAUCGCAUGCCCUCGGCCAUGCGCAUCCUAUUUCCAAACAGCGACCACCUAUUUCCGUCUCACCCAUGCAGACUGCACUCAGAGCGUUGGUUUGCAGUGCGCCUCUGUUGUCAUCUUCAUGCAUUAGUUUAGAUCUAUGAUCGCCGCCAACGCUUUUAUUUUUUUCCUCCAGCAAGCUGUCUUUCUUUCCUGCUACGCUUUUAUUUUCUAGUUUCUUGAAGACAUUCAGAUACUUAGCCGCCACGCACACAAUGUCGAAGGAGGAGCAUGGUUCGCGCGAGCGCGGCCGAUUUGCGCCAAUUCGCCGGGAUGUCAUUUACCACCGGCGCACGGGUGCGCAGAAGGAGCACAGGGAGCCGAACGCUAGGGGGGUUGCGGCGGAGUACAUUUGGGCCGGGGAUUCGAAGGCCGCCAGUGGCCACAUUGUGUCGUGGUUUUUCACCUCGCAGAAGCCGAAGCGCCAGAAGGAAAGCGAGCGCCAUCGUGUUCGCCUGGCGACUGGGGACUGGUGGCUGAUUUCGUGGCAUCGGGCGAAAUUUUUUCUGGACGAAGUCGUGGGAAUCUCGGAAGACUAUACGGACGCCAUCGACGCAGCAUUUUCUACGGUGCGGCCAGAUGUCGCACUGCUUCCGACGUCAGCGCUGCACUGGUCAUAGAUCUUGGCAGAUUUAGGGUCGACGUGUCCGGUUGGUUUUUUUUUUAGAAGUCCUGCCGACAGGUCUCUUUGUGAUAUAGUCAUAAUGUAUACGCGCUCUAUUCAGACUUCCUUUGGGGAUUUUGCUUUCUAUAUAUGAAUGAAAGAAGAUUGUGAGCGGCUUUUUACCGGAGUAGCUGCCGCCGUAUUUCCGAUCGAUCGAAGAUGUUCGCCAUGGUUUGUUAUAGCCUGAUGGGCCUCAGCCUGCUCCCGCGUUUGCUUCCUUCCCUGGGCAGUCUCGUUGGUUUGCAGAUAUCUUGGCAACUUUAAGAUCUAAGCCUAUGACUUUUGAUGUGAAGACUCACAUGCGGGGGGCCCUCGCCCCCCCCCGCGCCCCCCCCGCCCUUUCGAUGUGAUGAUAUUGCGCCUCAAUCUGUAUGAGUUAUUUUUUAUUUUUGAGAUGAAGACUUACAUGCGGGGGGCCCUCGCCCCCCCCCGCGCCCCCCCCGCCCUUGCGAUGUGAUGAUAUUGCGCCCCGAUCUGUAAUAUGAAUAAUUUUUAGAUAUAAGAUUAUAACUUCAAGAUCUAAAUUUCUGACUUUUGAGAUGAAGACUCAAUGCGGGGGGCCCUCGCCCCCCCCCCGCGCCCCCCCCGCCCUUUCGAUGUGAUGAUAUUGCGCCUCAAUCUGUAUGAAUGAUUUUUAUUCUUGAGAUGAAGACUUACAUGCGGGGGGCCCUCGCCCCCCCCCGCGCCCCCCCCCCCCUUGCGAUAUGAUGAUAUUGCGCCCCGAUCUGUAAUAUGAAUAGUUUUUAGAUAUAAGAUUAAAGCUUCAAGAUCUAAAUUUAUGACUUUUGAGAUGAAGACUGACAUCUUGAUGAAGGCUCGUCGAUUCAAUUAUGAAGAUUGAGACUAUGACUUUGAGAAGAUUAUGACUUUAUUUUUAAGAUAGGAUAAGAUGUUGAUGAUUCCAAGAUGAGAUAAGAAGUUGCGACUUUUGAGAUGAUUCGAUUAUGAUUUGAGAUUGAGAAUUGAGAUUCGAAUCUUUUGAGUAUGAGGUUAUGACUUGAAGAUAUCUGAAUUUAAAUAGUGAAUUGAACUCAAGUUGUGAACUGAACUCAAAUGGUGAACUGAACUCAAAGGGUGAACCGAACUCAAAAGAUGCACUGAACUCUUGAACUCUUGAGCAUUUUGAAUUAUUCGCAAGUCUUGCAAAGAUCUUGUAGAUAUGACUAUCAAUCGUGCAUUACAAUUUUUUUCUCAAGGUAAAUCCGCAUUACAAAUUUUAUUUCUCAUGCUGAGGAAAUUUGUAAUGCAAUUUAUACUAGUACGAUGCUUUUGCAGUUCAUACAUGACCAACCCGAUACGGUCACCCUACGGCAACUACUUCGAGAAGAAAACGCUGGAAAAGUGGAUUGAGUCGUGCGGCUCGGUUAUCAAAUGCAAAUAUGUCUGGGUCUGGAAGAUUGCAACGUGUGAUGCUGUCUCUGCAUUCGAAAAAAAUCUGUAUUGCAUGACCACCAGCAAGAGGGGUCCAGUUUGUGCUACAUAGAGAGGGCAGCUCUCAUGCGGGAUAGGCAUCAGAAAGCCCGCUAAAAAUCUGUGAUGCCAGGUUAUGCAUUACAGACGUCAUGGGUCAUGUAAAAUCUGCAUGACAAGCGUGGCACUCUUCCAGACCCAGACAUGUUUGCAAUGCAUAUCGGUGUGCCCGCUCACGCAAAAGCCGCUGCGGCUCGAAGACUGCGUGUCGGAUAAAGAAAUGAAGCACAAGGUCGUCGCCUGGUUGAAAGAGAACAUGGCAAUGUGA